AUGCCCGAAGCAAAAGAUGUGCCUGUUGACGACUCCAUGACUUCGCCGGCUCACGACCUCCCUGCUGCUCAAGUUACCUUGUCCAAUUCCAACCCAUAUCUGUCUUCUACUUCAAACUCACCUCGUCUGGAGUCUUCUCGUCCACCUCACCACCACCACACCAGUUCCACCAGUAUCACUCAGAGUAAAAGCAGACGCUCCCUCGCAUCCCUGGCAAGAGAAAAGACUUCCAACGCUUUUGCCAAUUUAGCUGCUAUCGGAACAACUUCUACGCCAAGUCUGCGCUCUGCUACAUCAUCAGGAAGUCUGUCUAAACAGUCUACAUCUUCCGGUCCGGUGCGACCAAGUCUUCCUCGUUCGCCCACAUCUCCCGAAUUACAAACGGCGACGCAAUUGCGAAGAGCCAGCGGAGUUCCGCUACCUCCUCAAGAGUCAAGAAAUAGUACUACCGUCCCUCCAAUGACGACCCAGGAUCGGAACCAUGGGAAAAUGCACCAGACAUCUUCCAAAAUCUUGCGCAUGACCGAUGAUGAACGGCCCUUUACCCGAGACUUCAAAGACUUGUUCUCUACCCUCAUCACGAGUUUACCGCUCACGCCCCAUCGAGUCCGGUUUUCGAGAGUGGAGGAGACCUUUCUCUCGGAAGAGGCCAUCACCAAUCUCGGCUCCCUGAAAUUCUCUCAGUCGAAUCGCAUACCCGACCCCAAAAACCCUACACGAUGGGUCGUCACAACCACGACAACUACAUUCUCCAUGGCCAAAGAAAUGGCUCGUUCCGUUUGUCAAAGAUUUGUAGACGCUCGGUUGAUUGAGUCAGCCGAAAACAAAAAUGCCACCACCUUUGUCACCAAAGGCGCCGUCUGGCAACUAACGCCCAAAGGUUUGGCAAUUCUGCAUCGAUUUUGUAGCCGGAACGGAAUCAAUGCUCGUCAUAUCGAACCCCUUCUCAAGCGGAGUCAGAUGCAAAUGGUCUCCUUAGAACGAGACCCAACGACGGACAAGCUGGUUCAGGAUCGACCCACGGUUGAGAUCAUCUUUCGCAGGUUUAUGGGUUCCGAAGGACCGAAUUUGAAGAGUUCCACGUCAUUAUCCGAUUCAGACUCGGUGUCGGAAUAUGCCACCGGUCUUGUGGGUGUCAAGAUGGCCAAAGAACGACGGGUAUUGGACAAGACCGUCAACAAUACCUUCACGGGCAAAGCGGCUUCUGACUGGUUACUGGACUGUUGCACCACCAUCGAUCGCCGAGAAACGUAUGAGAUGGCAGAGUUAUUCGUCAAGUGGCAACUGAUGGCCCCGGUUGUGGAGGACAGAGCUUACAUUCGACUCAACCCGAUGGCGACUUAUUUCCAACCCACCAAACAUGCAAUCUACGCCAUCACCGAAAGAGGCCAACGAGUAUGCGGCUGGAUAGCAAGACCACCGAGUGUCGACAGUGAAGAUAGUCGCGAUACAAAGGACAAGGCGGCCCGGCUCACCAGAGAUUCCAAUGUCAGCCGAUUGAAUGUGAUUUUGCAGGAUGCGGCUCUCAGAUUACUGUUCAAAGAAUUCUUGCGGCAAUCGCUCUGCGAAGAGAAUUUACAGUUUUAUUUCGAUGUUUCUGAUUUCACAAAGACCUAUCGCAACCUGGAGAAAGACGGGAAGCUCAACAGAACUGAAGCCAUUCGGGAGACACUGGCUGCGGCCUACGGCCUUUACAAUUCUUUUCUGGCUUCCGGAGCUCCUUCAGAACUCAACAUCGACCACUCUCUGCGCAACCGUCUUGAUAGCCGGAUGAUUAGAACCAAUAUCGAUGACGAGUCGAUGAAAGAAAGUCUCGAGGAAGUGGUGGAAUUAUUCGAACUCGCACAAGCCGCCGUUUUUAAGCUGAUGGCCAGCGAUUCGGUUCCCAAAUUCCUUCGAGACCCAAGGAACGCAACAGUACUUCGGGACCAUGAAAUCGACUUGAUCGGCUCGAAUCGCGCAAUGUCUCCUGCUCCUGACCGAACAGUCAGUCGAUCUAACACGCGGACAUGA